AUGGGCUGCCAUGCGCAGGAAUACGACGACCUUGCCGGCCUUGCCGGUGCCAUCAGCAGCGGGCUCGAGGAGACGAGGGCAGAGGCAACCAUCCCAGCCAAUGCCGAAGCGGAGCCGGCCACCGGCCUGGCCUCUGCCACAGAUCUCGGCGUGGACGAGACGAAGCUGACGAAGUGGCGCAAGCUCGGCGGCGGCGACCUGGAGCCGGUCCUCGCGAGCGGCGCCUUCGCCCUCCUCGACGCGCAGUGGAUCAUCGAUUUCGCUGAGUGUCGCGUAUGCGGCGUUCCACUCGCCCGUUGCUGGCGGGGUGCUGGCGGCGUCCUCAUCCACCGCCAGGCGCUGCCAAAAGAGGCCUUCCUCUCCCUCCCCGACCUCGUCGAGGCGACCGGUGAGUAUGACCUUCCCGUCGCCGCGCUCUCCUACCCGUGGCUGACCAAGGACCACCCCGACCCGCGCGGAGCCAACCUCGCCCGCGUCGCAAGGGCGCUCAAGGCCCUGCUCACCUCUCCGUACAUUACGCGGCUCGGCGUCUUUUGGGACUUCGGCUCGCUGCACCAGCACCCCGACCCCGCCAACGGCGUCAUGCGCACCGAGGAGCAGAACGCGCUCUUCAAGCAGGGGCUGGGCUGCCUCGGCACGCUCUACUCCCACCCGAAGACAUGGGUGCUGCGGCUGACCUCCUUCCCGGACGGCCACAAGGCGGAGGACCAGGCCGAGGGCACCAACGUGGCCAAGUACUUUGACCGCGGCUGGUGCGCCACCGAGAGCGCCUGGGCAAGCCUGACCAAGGUCAGCCUCCUCUCGCUCGACCUCGGCAAGAUGCGCGACGGCGUGGAGUACGACUUGCAGAGCAGCCUCAUGCGUGACUGCACCCAGGACGGCGGCCGGCGCCCUCCGCUGCUGCCGUCUGCGUUCGCGGCGGAGCUGGAGACGAAGAGCUUCACCAACGGCAAGGACGACAAGCCGCUCGUGAAGCGGCUGUACGAGGCCGCCUUCGAUGAGCAGUUUGGCAAGGCGACCGUGCUGAUCUACAACCUCGGCUGGGGCGACGCGGAGGCGGCGCAGCUGGCGGACGUCCUCGCGAGCGGGGCAGCGCCGCGGCUCGAGGAGCUCUGGCUCCAGCAGAACCAGAUUGGCGACGAGGGCUGCAAGGCGCUGGCCGCCGCCCUCGGCAAGGAGGGGGCAGCGCCGCGGCUCGAGAAGCUCUAUCUCGAGUUCAACAAGAUUGGCGACGAGGGCUGCAUGGCGCUGGCCGCCGCCCUCAAGGAGGGGGCAGCGCCUCGGCUCGAGAAGCUCUCUCUCUUCAGCAACCAGAUUGGUGAGGCCGGCUGCAAGUCGCUCGGCGUGGGCAGCACGGACAAGAAGCAGCCUGAGCUGGUGGCCGCGUGCGAGGAGCGCGGCAUCGAGCUGCGCUUUGAUUGA